GACAUCACAGCUGCUCCUAUAACAUUCCGUGUUUUCCCUGCUUGGCUCUCAUUUAGGAUUCUGCAUUCUUCCAUUAGUACUACAAACACAGGUUUUACAGCUGUUUCUCUCUCCACACAGGACAAGGAAAGAAUGGAAACGGACGAAGCCCUGAGAGAUUUGGGCUAUGAGGUGCUGAGGGACCUUGACGGAGGAGAUUUCAGCACAGUUAAAUUGGCCAAAUCUAAAAAAUACCAAAAGACUGUGGCCCUUAAAAUCAUGCAGAUAGACAAACACGUCCAGAAAGAAGUGUCCAUUCUAAAAAGAGUAAAGCACCCUCACAUUAUAAGUGUGCUUGACAUUUUUGAGAUGGCCGGCAGACUGGUUUGCAUCGUGAUGGAGGCAGCACCGUCAGACCUCGAAAAAGCGAAAAAGUUCCAGUCCGUCAUCCCCACAGACCAGGCCAGAACGUGGUUCUCGCAGCUCGUCAGUGCCGUGGUCUACCUGCACAAGCAGAACAUUGCACAUCGAGAUCUCAAAUGCGAAAACGUUCUGCUGACGGCCGAUAACCAAGUAAAACUUAUCGACUUUGGAUUUGGACGGUUUUCUAGAGGCUUCCCUGACCUAACUAGGGAAUUCUGCUGCACUCCCGCCUACGCUGCACCUGAGGUUCUUUUGAAACGGCCAUACGAUCCAAAGAAGGCCGAUGUGUGGAGCUUGGGCGUGAUUCUCUACUGGAUGGUUGUAGGAAGGCUACCAUUCCAAAAUUGGUUCGAUUUCCCGGGUUGCCAGCGCAAACCCAUUUACUUUCCGGAAAGACUAGAAGAACCCUGUCGCGACUUAAUUUCCUACAUGCUGCGCUACAAUUACUUAAUGCGGCCUUCUGCCAAAAAGGUGGCCCAGCACCCUUGGCUGCAGAUGAAGCGAGAACUCUCCGAGAACGUGGAGAGACCAAUUCCACGCGCACUACUACAGAGGAUGAAGAGGUUCUUUAAAAGAUCUUCCUCUGCAGAAGCUCCUACUUGUUUCUGUUCAACAGAAAAUGUCCUUCCUCAUCCUGCCAUAAAGGAGGAAACCAAGAGGCACAAGUUUAAGGUUCAGUUUAAGAUCCCGAGGAAGAAGAAAAAAAAUUACGACGUGUAGAUAGGGUGAAAUAAGGGUGUUUUUUUAACCAUAAUGAAAAUAUUUUAUGAAAUUCAUAUUUUAUAAUUUAACAGCUCGCCAAAAACAUUUUUCCACUUUUUUCAUGCGAGGAAAUAAACCUUAAAUAGCUAAUUUGUCCCAUUUUACUUAAUAUCCCAAUCACCCGUAAUUCACCAUGUCUAGCACGAUUCCUGGAAAUGACAACAUAGAGGCUGCAUUUGAUCCUGAAGUCUACAGUGACGCAGGAAGCCAGGAGACCAAAGCUUCAGCUCCCCUUCAGGUUAUUCAAAAUGACUGAAACAAAGAUAAUCAGCCUCUAUGCGGAAGAUACCACUCAGCAUCCAGGGUGCUUCCAGAGAACCAAUAUGGCCACCAGCCUUCUUCUUCUCCCACUGAUCUCUUCAUCCUCCAAGGAAACCUUCUCUCUGUCUGAUUUCUGAUUCUGUUCUAGUGCUGUUAUCCGGUGUCGACCAGAGGAGGAUGGGUUCCUCUUUUGAGCCGGGUUCCUCCUAAGGUUUCUUCCUGUAGAUAUUAGGGAGUUUUUCCUUGCCACUGUCGCCACUCGCUUGCUCAAAAGAGGCUCGGACCCGGAUUUUAGUAAAGCUGCUUUAAGACAACAUUUAUUCUGAAAAGUGGGAUCCAUUCUAGAUAGGAUCCCAAGCAAUGACUCCAUUGUUCUGCUGGAGGACUUUAACGCUCAUGGAUAAACAGACAGACAAACAGAGAGAUAUAUAGAUAGAUAGAUGUAUCUCCAGCAGAACUUCAUUGUUCUGGGAGACUUCAACGCUCAUGGAUGGAUGGAUGGAUAGGGGAAGCUGAGGAGGGUUUACUCUCAGUCAGCUUUGGUGGAAAGUGUAUUAGGCACUACCACAAGAAAGACACGGGUCCUUCUAGAGGGAUUAUAUUUCCCAGUUUGCCCAAGAGCGUCUGUGGAUCUCCCAGCAGAAAGUGGUUGAACUUGCCUGGGCUCCUGUCUUUCCCUGUUCCCACCACAAGCCUGAAUUGGAUUAAGCAGAUAAGAUGUUAUGUUAUGCUAUUACUAUCAAAACAGCUGACAGAGAGAAUUUUAUUUAAUAAAAUGACUAAAAAAUAAAGAUUUAUUAAGUAGUUUCACCAGCCUGAGAAGUU